AUGUUCGCUAGCGUUCGAAUAUUUCAGCACAAAGUAACCCUGCGCCAGCUUCCGGUAAGGUGGUAUGCGGAGAGAAAUAUUUUGAAGCUGAAAGAGCGUGGCUUCAUACAGGAUGUGUUUCCGGCAGAAACGAUUGACAAAGCCCGCUCGAUGCUCGGUUCGACGAGUCAGGCUGUGUAUGCUGGAUUUGAUCCAACUGCCAACAGUUUGCACGUAGGAAAUCUGUUAGUAUUGAUUGGGCUUCUACACACGCAGCGUGCCGGUCAUCAACCCAUCGCACUGGUUGGCGGAGCUACCGGUCUGAUAGGCGAUCCGUCCGGGCGUAAAACCGAAAGGCAAUUGCUCGAAACGGAAACAGUACAGCAUAACGUGUCCUGCAUUAAACGACAGAUAGAAGAUAUCUUUUCUAAUCAUGAGCGCUAUUUCUGGAAGGAAUCUGGCACACUAAAGCCAGUUAUCGUGGUAAAUAACGCAGAUUGGUACCGGCAGUAUAGUUUCGUCGAUUUCAUGGCCAAUGUAGGGCGGUACUUUCGCAUGGGUGCGAUGCUGUCGCGUUCGUCCGUACAGACCCGGCUUACCAGCGAAACCGGCAUGAGCUUUACCGAGUUUUCGUACCAGCUGUUCCAGGCGUACGAUUGGUUGCAUCUGCUACGACAUCACGACUGCCGGUUUCAGCUCGGUGGUUCCGACCAGAUGGGUAACAUCAUGUCCGGCCAGGAGCUAAUCAGCCGAACGGAAUCGAAGGAAGUAUUCGGGCUAACUCUUCCACUCAUCACGAAUGAAGAAGGUGAUAAGUUUGGCAAAUCGGCCGGAAAUGCCGUUUGGUUGUCGGGCGAACGUACCUCACCUUAUGCGAUGUAUCAGUUCUUCGUCCGUACGCCCGAUUCAGAGGUUGAAAAGCUGUUACGAUUGCUCACCUUUUUGCCAGUACAGACGAUCGAGCAGGUGAUGGCAAGGCAUCGUCGCACGCCGGAAAUGUGGGAAGCACAGAAGCUACUUGCAAACGAGCUAACAAAGUUGGUCCAUGGAGAAGAAGGUUUGCAAAAAGCGAUAGGCAUCAGCAAAGCGCUGUAUAAUGGUGAUCUGUCCACGCUCGAGCUGAUGGAAUUGAAGGAUAUAGCACAGAGCUUUGGCGGGGCUCCGCUUUGUGAGAUCCUGCCGGAACCUGGCAUGACGGUGCUCGAUGUAGCUCUUCGUGCCCGAUGCUUUCCGACCCGAACAGAUGCGGAUAGGAUCAUCCGUGCCGGUGGUUUCAGCAUAAACUUAAAGAAAGCUAAAAAUCCUUCAGAAGUACUAUCACCAUCGGUUCACAUCCUUUCAAACAGGUUAUCGCUGCUGCGUGUAGGUAAACGUAAUUAUUACAUAGUGAAAUGGUUGCUGUAA